GGUUAUUAGUGUAUAAUAAUUGUAUAACUUCUAUCAUAGACUUAGAUAUCCUCAUAUAUUAAGAUGUUACUCAGGUAAAAUCUAUCAAACUUACAUUUUUUUCUCUUUCCAGAUCAACAGCAAUACUCAUGGUCACCCACCCAGCACUUCAAUGAAGAAAAUUUCUCUCCUACCCUUAGGAAUAUGAAAGGAUUAUCUGGUAGUCGGAAUCAGUCACAGCUAUGCGCUGGUCAUACUUGUGGCCUAGCGUCCCCUGAUGAUUGUGAACAUAUACAUGACCAUGGGCACCAUGGACAAGAACCUAGGCAAUCAUAUUUACUUAGCCCAACGGAGAGCUGUCCGAUGGACCACCACCGAUGUUCUCCGCGGAGUUCGAUCCACUCAGAAUGCAUGAUGAUGCCUGUAAUGAUGAGUGAUCAUAUGUCAAGUAGCACUUUUCCAAGAAUGCACUAUAGUUCCCAUUUAGAAACCCGAGACGACUGUGCUGUCUCACAUACUAGUAGUAAUAAAAUAAACCGAAUCCCAGCAAACUUACUGGAUCAAUUUGAAAAACAGCUUCCUUUACACAGAGAUGGAUUUCAUACUUUACAAUACCAGAAGACAUCCACUGCUACAGAACAGCGAACGGAAAGUCCAGGGAGAAUACGUCAUCUUGUUCAUUCUGUGCAAAAGCUUUUCACUAAGUCUCACUCUUUGGAAGGGUCAUCAAAAGGUAAUGUUAAUGGGACAAAAGGAGAGAGUCGCAGUGAUGAUCACCAUCAUGGCCAUUACUCAAAACAUAGCAAAAGGAGUAAAAGUAAGGAUCGGAAACCUGACAACAAGCAUAAAUCUGGGAUGACAGGAUGGUGGAGUUCAGAUGAUAAUCUGGAUAGCGAUAGCACUUAUAGAACACCUAGUGUAAUGAAUAGGCAUCAUGUAGAUCACAUAUCUCACUGCUAUCCCGAAUCUCUUCAGGGACAUUUUGGAGAUCUUUCCCUUAAGACUUCUAAGAGUAGCAAUGACAUGAAAUGCUCAGCUUGUGAAGGACUUGCAAUGACACCUGAAGGUAAAUAUAUGAAGAGAAGUUCUUGGUCGACACUUACUGUUAGUCAAGCAAAAGAAGCCUAUCGGAAAUCAUCACUUAAUUUGGAUAAACCUCUUGUCCAUCAGGAAAUCAAAUCCUCCCUUAGACCAUGCCAUUACCUUCAGGUGCCUCAAGAUGAGUGGGGAGGGUAUCCCUCUGGUAGUAAAGAUGAGGAGAUCCCCUGUCGAAGGAUGCGAAGUGGGAGUUAUAUAAAAGCCAUGGAGGAGGACAGUGGAGAUUCUGAUACAAGUCCUAAAACAUCCCCUAAAAUGUCAGCAAGGCCUGAACCACUACUGAAAUCUAUUGUGCAAAGAUCUCACGGAGAAGUGCAAAACCAGAGUUACCUACAAGCAGCAAGUGAAAUGCCUGCGGGACAUGUCCUGGUCCUGGACCCAUCAGGAAACUACAACUCUCCAAAAUUUCGUUCAAGGAACCAGAGCUACAUGAGAGCUGUCAGUACGCUUAGCCAGGCCAGCUGUGUCAGUCAGGAUUUCCUCAUUGAAAGUCUUCAAGAAUGCUUUACCUCAAAGGAUUAUCCUGAGCUCAAGAUGAGUGAAACAGAAAUUAAUGGGCAAUAUGAGUCGGUGUGUGAGUCAGUGUUCAGUGAAAUUGAUUCUCAUGCAAUGGAAGCUUUAGACCUCCCAGGAUGUUUUCGAACAAGAAGCCACAGUUACUUGAGGGCGAUACAGGCUGGCUAUUCCCAGGAUGAUGACUGUGUUCCUGCUAUGAUAUCUUCCAAUGCCACCCCAACUACCAGGUCAACAACAGCGGUAUCAUACCCAAAUUACAAGAAAACACCUCCUCCUGUACCCCCGCGCACAACCUCCAAACCGCUCAUCUCAGUGACAGCACAAAGCAGCACAGAAUCUACCCAGGAUGCCUAUCAUGAACGGACUCAAAGGAUGUCCCCAUGGCCUCUAGAUGGGCGGGGUCUUUAUAAUUCCACAGACAGCCUGGAUAGUAAUAAGGCCAUGAACCUUGCCUUGGAGUCAGCUGCAGCACAGCGUCAUGCCUCUGAAAGUAAAAGCAGUUCUGUUCGGACCACCAGUGACAAAGCUGUUCUAGUGGGCAAAUCAGAUGACUUCCUUAAAAAGCGGCGUGCCUCAAUUGGAAUACAGGUGGAAGCAGCUGAUUCGGAUACAGAAAGCAAAGGAAGAGAAUAUCAUUCUGUUGGGAUACAAGUGGAAGACGAAAAAAGGCAAGGACGUUUUAAAAGGUCGAAUAGUGUGACUGCAGCUGUACAAGCUGACCUUGAAUUAGAGGGCUUCCCGGGUCACAUCACAAUGGAGGAUAAAGGUCUACAGUUUGGAUCUUCAUUUCAAAGACAUUCUGAACCUAGCACCCCAACUCAGUAUGGUGCAGUAAGAACGGUACGGACUCAGGGAUUGUUUAGUUACAGAGAGGAUUAUAGGACCCCAGUGGAUACAUCAAAUUUGCCACCACCAGACCCUUGGCUAGAGCCUGCUCAUGAACCAGUGGACUCAGGGCGAAUAUCUCCUAGUCGACAAGAUGGCACAUGGUUUAUGAAGUUGCUCCAUGCAGAAACUAAAAGAAUGGAAGACUGGUGUAAGGACAUGGAGAGGGAAGCAGAGGAGAAUGACCUUUCUGAAGAAAAUCUAGGUAAAAUCCGGAGUGCAGUGGGAAGCGCACAGCUGCUUAUGUCACAGAAGUUUCAGCAAUUUUAUUGGCUUUGUCAGCAAAAUCUGGAUCCAAGUGCUAUGCCCAGGCCAACAUCACAAGACUUAGCAGGAUUUUGGGACUUGUUGCAGUUAUCCAUUGAAGAUGUAAGCAUGAAGUUUGACAAGUUGCACCAGCUAAAAGCCAAUGAUUGGAAGACAAUUGAUUCUCCCGAGAAAAAGGAUGACAAGAAACCCCCACCUCCAAUACCAAAGAAACCUUCCAGGGGAAAAUUCCCUAUCACUCGAGAAAAGUCUCUGGACCUACCUGACAGACAAAGGCAAGAAGCCAGAAGGCGGCUAAUGGCUGCAAAAAGAGCGGCCUCAUUUCGGCAAAAUUCAGCCAGUGAGCGGGCAGACAGCAUUGAAAUAUAUAUACCUGAAGCCCAAACUAGGCUUUAAGAACAAAGAACCACUUAGAUCUUUUUUAAAACAACAUGCUUGUACAGUUUGUAGCACACAUUACCAACCAUUUGAAUCAAUUGCUACUGAAUAUGCCCUUGUCAUUGUGCUCGUUGUGCCAUACACACAGUGGAUUUUUAUUUUAUUUUAUUUUUUUCCUUAGAGUUUGCUAAACUCAUUGCAAAAAAUGUGUUGUUUUGCAAAUCAUGUCUGACUUCAAAUCAGCUACAUGCAUAGGGCUUGUUGAGACCUGAUUCUCCAACAUGUUCUCAGAGGACAACGAGAAAAACCUCUCAAGAUGGAACCCAGCGUCAAUUCUUGUAUAUUUCUAUUUUUAUAAAUGAUGUGAUAAUUAGGAACAAGAAUAACUAAAUGGGUACAUCUCACCACUCCCUAGAGGCAUUAGCUAUUACAAGUAGAAGGUGCUACACAUUAGACAUGCAGGGGGUAAGGAUGCAUUGUUUUAUGAUAUUUCAGUUUAUUUUAAAUAGGUACUGAUGCUGCUUCAGUAAGCACUGCUGCGUUGCAUUAUGCAACCACAUGUGUUCUUGUAUAGAUUACCAACCAGUAUCAUUUCAAAUCGUUUGGAUCUUAAAAAAUAAAGCUGAAGACCCAACAUCCAGUCAAGCUCCCAAGAUCUGGUAUGGAACCGUCUACUGGGUGGACAGUCUCCUCUCUCCAUCCAGCUUUGUAUUCUCAAUGCAGAAAGACUCAAGGGGGAUACAGGUGGAAAGAAAGUGAAUGCCUUAAAAAAAUUACAGAAAAAAAAGAAUGAUCUUUAUUACCCAGUAUAUGAAAAGGAUACUAGAACAUCCUUCCACGGACCCUAUAUUUAUGUUUACAUUUUUUUGUCUUUUUUUUUUGAGUAAAUAAUUUUAUCAUU